AUGUCCAAUCCAGAUAACUUUGACAUCCAACUUGACCAAUUUUUGGCUCAGUGUAAUGCUGAAAGUAAGAAUGAUUUUUGGGCCAUGGAUUCCAAAACAAAUAUGGAUCAAUCUUCAGAAAUAGACGAUAUCGGAUUAGUCGAGACACUGAUGGGAAUUGGUUCAUCUGUUACUAUAACAGAUGAACUUCAGAAUCCGGGAGCAUUCUCUUUUUUAGACAUUUCGAAUGAACCAAAAACACCGGAAGAACUGCAAUUCUCUUUUUCGUUGCCUGACAACCUGUAUAGUUUACAGCCCCAAACUGAUGAUUUUACCUUCAACACAGUUACUAAUAUCACUGCUCUUCCAUCGGAAGCUGAUUCUGAGACUCUAGACCUUUUGAACUGGACACUAUCCUCUGAAGCACUUCUGAAUAUUUCUGCCCAAACUCUGAGUGGGCAGAAAACUAGAAAACAUGUUCACAUCAUUCCAACCUCAGGCAAGGGAUUUGCGGCUCAUGCUCAUGUUGGAGUCUCUCGAGGAAAACGUAUUGUUCAAAGAAAUAAAGUUGAAAUUAUCAAUCAUACAAGCAGAAGACCGGAUCCACUACCUGAGAUGAACAGUUUUCGUUUCUACAAUGACUAUACUUUAGAAGACUUUAUGCCUAGUGGUAUACAGCCAAAUGGAGAUUACAAUUAUGAGUCAACUACUUUCGGAAAUCUCACGCCAUAUUCUGCACGGGUUUACAGAUAUAAAAAAAAAGGACUUCAAUUUGAAGUGUGA